UUUCCCUCGCGCCUCUGCUGCUGCCGCCCGAACAUGGCUGCGCGGGUGUGCAGCAUCUCGGCGAGCGCGCUCCGCCGUCCGCCCCUGCGAAGGGGCCCCGGCCCCGGCCACCCCACCGGAGCUGCACCUGGGGCCGGGCCGAGGGCCUACUCAAAAGACAGCGAAAGCAGCUGGUUCCGUUCCCUCUUUGUCCACAAAGUGGAUCCCCGGAAGGAUGCCCAUUCCACCCUCCUGUCAAAGAAGGAGACCAGCAACCUGUACAAGAUUCAAUUUCACAAUGUGAAGCCUGAGUGCCUGGAUGCCUACAACAGCCUGACGGAAGCAGUGCUCCCCCAGCUUCACCUGGACCCGGACUACCCUUGUGCACUGGUGGGAAACUGGAACACCUGGUAUGGGGAGCAGGACCAGGCAGUACAUCUGUGGCGAUUCUCAGGAGGUUACCCUGCCCUCAUGGACUGCAUGAACAAACUCAAAGGAAACAAGGAGUAUCUGGAAUUCCGGAAGGAGAGGAGUAAGAUGUUGCUGUCCAGGAGAAACCAGCUGCUUUUGGAAUUCAGUUUCUGGAAUGAACCCCAACCUCGUGAAGGCCCCAACAUUUACGAAUUAAGGACUUACAAGCUGAAGCCAGGGACCAUGAUUGAGUGGGGAAACAAUUGGGCCCGAGCGAUCAAGUACCGUCAGGAAAACCAGGAAGCCGUGGGUGGCUUCUUCUCCCAGAUUGGAGAGCUCUAUGUGGUCCACCAUCUCUGGGCCUAUAAAGACUUGCAGUCCCGGGAGGAAACUCGAAAUGCCGCCUGGAGAAAGAGGGGCUGGGACGAGAAUGUAUAUUACACAGUCCCUCUGGUACGGAACAUGGAGUCUCGUAUCAUGAUUCCCCUGAAGAUCUCACCCCUCCAGUGACCCUGCGGACUCCUUCCUCAUUCCUGGAGGGAGCUGUUAGCCAGAAGAGCCCCUCUCCUCCCCUCCCCAGACACUCCCCCUUCCUCCCUGCAGCCCUCCCCCCACCUCAUACCCCAUUUCCCCUGCUCCCCGCAUCCUCUCAGACUUCAUGCCUCAUUCCUUCUUUGGGGUCUGACGGGCUCCUCAGGGAAUUAGGUCAGGCUGAGGCUAGCUGAAUUAGACCAAGACCUGGCUGCUUCUAAUUCCCAACUGCCCUCACCCCUUUCUGCUCUUCCUUUGGUUUCUGGCAGCGAGGUGACUCAGUAGAUAGAGUCUGGGCCUUGGAAUCAGGAAGACCUGUGUUUAAAUCAUGCUUAAGACACUUACUAGCUAGCUGUGUAACCAGCUGGGCUAUGUCCCUUCAUCUCUAGGCCUGUUUCCUCAUCUCUAAAAUGGGGAUAACGCCACCUACCUCCCAGGGUUGUUGUGAGGCAUGAACAAGAUAACGUAUGUAAAUAGCUUUGCAAACCUUCGAGCUAGCUAUCAUUCUUCCACUUUUCCUUGUUCUGCCAAUCCCUUAUCCCCUGGAGAGGUCUGAGCAGAUCUCAGCUUCUGAUUUCCUUUUCCCAAGGCCCCUCAGCUCUGGCUGCUCAGGCCUGGUCUCCUUCCAUGUGAACAUCACAAAUGCAAACGUUUUACAUAAAAGGUGGUGGUGUCCCGUGGUCAGAAGGCAAGAGCUGGGGCCAUGCCUACCUCAGUUCCUAGCUCCCCCAUCUGCCUGAGCCAGGUCCCUCUCUGCUUCUUAACCCAGGCUCUUAUCAUAUUAUCCUGAACCAGUGAGAGGGCUAAUAGAGGUCAAGGGUGUUGGGAUGGGGACUUUUGAGCCAACAGCUCCCUGCCUCAGGCCAGGAGCCCAAUGGAAGGACAGGCUUGCAUCUGUGCUAUCCUGUUCUCAUGGGUAUGUCUCUGGGUCAGGCUUUGAAGUAUUACUGCAGCCACCUGCCAGGCAGAAGGGGAGCUUCCCCAGUAGGUUUCUUUUUUUCUUAGAGCUCUGGGCUGUGCUCUCCCUGCCCUCCCCAAUCUCUGGAAUGGGGGUUUUGGCUAUCAUCCCCCUUCUCUCUCCUCCCUCCUAUUUCCUCUCGGGUCUACAGUCCUUCCUUCUAUGACUAUCUGCUGCCAUGUGGGGAUCAUUGCAAUACCUGGGAGGGGCGGGGUUGGGCCUCUUCAGGUCCCUGUACCCCAUGAGGCUUGCACCCAUCCCCCUCCGGGGCAGCCUGUACUGAAAGUCACUGACUGACCUAAUUAAAUAUUUAAUAGAAAUGGUGUUUGCUCUUCUUCACUUGCCAGGAAUCUCCCCCAGCUGCCCCAAGAUUCCAGAGAUAGGAGAAAUUGGAGCUGGUGAAGGGGAGGAACUAAGAAGCAGCUCGGAAGAUGAGGUUGGAACCAAAGGAGACAGACAGGGUUGGAGUUUUUCAGUGGGACACCUGGGCAGAGAACACAUUGGGGUUAGCCUAUUUCUCCUGAAGGAUCUGGGAUCCGGGGAAGGGAAGGAUCAGGGAAGGCUUGGGAGAUCUUUCUGAAGGGCUAUCACCUGGGUGUAUUACUUUGUUCUUGGAGGGCAGAACCAGGAGCAGUGGGAAGAAGGGGGAGCUUCAAAGAGGCAGAUUAGGCAUUGUGUCAAGCAAAAUUUCCUCCUUACAGUUAAAGUCUUGGGGCCAGGGUGUCUUCAAGCGAUGGCUGGAUGCUGAUUUAUUGGGCAUCACAGUCUGAGUGUAGGAAAGACCUCAGCAGCCAUCUGGUCCAGCUGAUACUAGAAAAGGAAUCCACAUCAUAACAUACAUAACAUGUGCUUGUCUGGCCUCUGCUGGAAGACCUCCCAAGGAUGGGAAACCAUUCAAAUCUCCAGGCAGUUCAUUCCACUUUAGGGUAACUCUCAUUGUCAGGAAAUCUGUCCUGGUAUCAAACCCUGAACUGGCUUCGCUGCAAAGAUCUCCCCUUUCCUUCAGCUUUUCCUAGCUGAAGAGGGGUAUUUUAACUUAAAAAUGGAGGCAAUUAGGUGGCAGAGUAGAUAGAGGGCAGUACCUGGAGUCAGGAAGACCUGAAUUCUAAUCCUCCUUCUGAUACUAGCUGUGUGACUUUGGGCAAGUCACUUCAUCACCAUGCCCAGUGCCUCAGUUUCCUCAUCUGUAAAAUGAGGCUAAUAAUAGCACCUACCUCACAAUGUUGUGAGAAUAAAAUGAGAUAAUAUGUAAAAUGUUUUACCAACUUAAAUACUUGUAUAAACGCUAGCUGUUAUGAACCAUGUGGACAUUAGUCACCUUGGCCUAAUGACAUUGCAGCUGUGUUUGAGAAGGGGUUUGGUUUGGUUUUGUUUUGUUUUGUUUUCCCGAGUAGGACCGGAUUUUGUGGAAAUCAUUUCUAUUACUUUAUAGCUAAAUUUUAUUUAAAAGGACCAACUCAUCUGACUUUUAAAUCAGCAAGAAGGACCACAAAAUCUGAUCCAAUGAGUGCAAUUACUAUUGAAAAUAAGCCCCAGAGUGAGAGGGAAGGAGAGUUAGGAAGGUGGUGGGGAGGAAGAGAUAGGGGAUCCAAGCUGGAAACGUGGAGAGAGGCAGAGGAACAUCUAGCACCCACAUACUGACUUAAUCCUGCAAAAACCUGAAAUUUACUCCAGAUUGAAUAAUGAUUAAGACGAUCACUGUAGUUCAAGAAAUCACAAAUGAAAACUACCCAGAUUUAUUAGAACCAGAGGGCAAGAUGAAGAUGGAAAGGAUCCACUGAUUACCUCCUGAAAGAAACCCCCAAAGGAACAGUCCUAGUAAUAUCAUAGCCAAAAUUCAGAGCUCCUACGUCAAAGAGAAUGUACUUCAAGCAUUCACAAAGAAUCAGUUUAAGAACCAAAGAACCAAAAUCAGGAUCAUACAAGAACUGGCCAGCAUCUACUAAAAACCAGAGGACAGCAUGGAAUUCAGUUUCCAAAAGGCAAGAGAUACUGGUUUACAACCAAGAAUAACUUACCCUGCAAAGUGUAAAUUUAUUGGAGUAAUUAAUGGGACUUUAUUUAACAUGAACAUAUUAAUGGGAGAGAACAAACAAGUCCUCCUUCAGAACUGUAAUGUCUUCAAAGGACAUUGAAGGAAUUGAAUAAGAAAAACAGAGGAAUUUGGGAUUGGAUUAGUUCUGUUUUAACUGGUUGUAGACAGGAAAAAUAAGGGAGAAUGAAAGGAAUAUACUUGUGUUGUAUGGAGGAAAAAGGGAAUAGAACUUCUCAUAACCGAGAUGGAUGAGAAGACAAGUAUUUUCAAGCAUGAAGGAAAGGGUAGGGGAAACAUCAGGGGAAGCUUUUAUCAGAAUCAAACAAAAGAGGGUUGAACACACCUCUGGUUUGGUGUAGAAAUAAAUCAAACAACAAAAAAAAAAAGGAUUGUGAAGAGGGGAGAUAAUGCCUCUGAGGGUAUAGUUACCAGCCAAACAAACUUCUGGAUCUUUAAGGGAAAGAGAAAAGAGCUAGAAUCUAAGGAAAUGUUCAACAAUUAGGAGAAUGCCUGAACAAGUAGUGGUCCAUGGAUGUAAUAGAAUACGAUCAUGCUCUAAGAGACAAUGAAAGAGAUGUUUUUAGAGAAGUAGGAGCCGAUGCAGAGUGAAUUGAGCAAAACAAAGUACGUAUGGACAACAAAAUUGCAAUGAAAAAAUGAUACAGAAAGACCUAAGAACUCUUGAGCGAAACAGUGACCAACCAUGUCUCCAGUGGACCCAUGAGAAAGCACAGUACCCUCCUCCUGACAGAGGGAUGAUGGACACUCAGGCUGCACAAUGAUACAUAGAUGUAUAAAGAUAUAUUGGUGUGUGAUCAUUGUAUGAUUUUGUUUUUCUUGACGGCUUGUUAUAAGAGUUUUUGUUUUUUUGAGGUAGUGAGGUGGUGCUGUAGAUAGAGCACUGAUUUGGAGUCAGGAAGACCUGAGUUCAAAUGCAGCUUCAGCUUCUUACUAAUUGUGUGACCCUUGACAAAUUGCUUAAUCCCUCUCUGCCUCAGCUGCUGCCUCUGUAAAAUAUGGAUCAUAACACCUACCUCACAGAAUUGUUUUGAGGAUCAACUGAGAUAUUUGUAAAGCACAUUGAGAUAAAGUGCUAAUUGGGGAGCUGAGAUAGAGGGAAUGACCAAGAGCCAUGAAAUGUUUUUUUGAAAAUAUGUGAAAAAGACCAGAAGGGAAAUACAUACAUUUGAGGAGGGCCAGUUCUGAAAGCGAUGUGAAAUUGAUUGUAUGCUUUUAAGUGAAUGUAAUAGAGACUCACGAUUUUAUACACAA